AUGUCGUCCUCUCCAUCUCCAUUCCCGCGUGCCGUGAAAGCGUCCUUCUGGCGGGGCGGGACGUCCAAAGGCGUCUUCCUUAACCAGUUAGACCUGCCUGGAUGGCUUCAGACGACUCUGGACUCGGGUAAGCCGUCGAGCACUGCUCAGUUCAAGAGGAUGGAGGACUUCUUCUCCGCAAUCAUGGGGUCACCAGACCCGUACGGCAGGCAGCUCAACGGCAUGGGAGGUGGAAUAUCAUCACUGAGCAAGGCCAUGGUCGUUGGUCCGUCUACCCAGCCAGGUGCGGAUAUCGAUUACACCUUCUUCCAGAUAGGCGUCAAGGAUGGGCAGCUGGAUAUGGCGGGCAACUGUGGCAACCUCACCGCCGCAGUUGGGCCCUUUGCGCUCAAUGCUGGCUUGUACCGGACCGUGCCUGAAACAGUCCACCAGGGCGAUGCCGGAACCGUCACCAUGAGGAUGAGAAACACAAACACAAAGAAAAUCAUUCAGUCCAACUUCCAGACGCGUCGCUCCAAUGGAGUCUGGCAAUAUCUCGAGCUGGGAAAGUGUUCUAUCGACGGCGUCCCUGGCACGGGAUCCACCAUUACGCUGUCAUUCCUGAAUCCUGCGGGCUCCAAGACCCGAAGUGCGUUACCGACCGGCAACGCUGUCGACCAGAUCAAGAUUGGAGACCAGGUCAUUCAAGCGUCCCUUGUCGAUGUCAGUAAUCCCGGUGUUUUCAUCGACGGCAGGGACGUUGGUUGGCGCGCAGAUGCCUCACCGGAUGACCUCAAUACAGACCCGAAGCUGCUGGAGAAGCUAGAGCUGAUCCGAAGGAGAGGCACCGAGAUGAUGGGCCUUGACCCGAACAUCAGCAGCAUCCCGAAGAUUGUCCUUCUUUUUCCAGCGAUCGAGGACGGAGUAGACAUUGCCUGCCAGGCUCUGUCCAUGGAACAAGCCCACAAAGCCGUUCCGGUCACGCUCGCGCUCAAUCUAGGCGUGGCCUGCAAAAUGGAUGGUACAAUUCCAAGCCGUUUGUCCAGGCACUUGCAUCCUUCCAACACGGUCAUCGGCCAUCCUUCGGGCACUUUGGAAGUGGGAGCGGCCAUCGAACAUGGCAACGUCCAGAGUGCCAACUUGAUCAGGACGGCUCGAUGCCAUAUGGACGGCUAUGUUAACGUGCUAACAGCGGAUGACGGGGGGGUGUUUUGA